GAUCUCGGUUCUUAUCAUAGAUUUUUCUUUGGUUAGUCUGUAUUUUUACACGUGCUGCACUUUGCACAUCCGUCUUUCUCCGGUCCUCGCCGUUCUUGCAUCAUUGCUCUCCUCCUGAGUCCGUUCUGUGGACAUGCGAGACAUUGCGCUCCUCCCUCCGCCCGAAAACGAGCUCCCUCAUCUCUGGCAGAAGCCAGCGUAUGGAGUGCUGCUAGAGUGUCUCGAGAAGCUCCGUCUCGAACCUCGGGUCUGGAGCCUGAGUGUGUCUCGCGCGGAUACUGUCAAGGAGCGAAAUGCCACAUUUCAUGAUCGCCGAGAGGCCCUUUCCUUCCUAUCCGCAAUCAUUAGGAGCAGCCUGGCAUGGCUGGACAGCGACGUCGAGCGAGAGGUGAUCUGGGAAGAGGCAAGUAAGCGUCUAUCAGAACGGUGUGGCCGGACGGCCAUGGGAGAGAUUACCCGGCGCUGGCCCUUUGAAGACAACGGCCAUGGUGCUUUCAGCCUGGCUAUUAGGGAGCCUCCUCUGACUGGCGACUCUCUUGGUCUCAAGACGUGGGGCUCCUCGUAUGCUCUGGCUCGACUUCUUCACGAACUUGCGUUUGGGCCCCUCGCGCAUUUGUUCGUCCCGGGUGCUAUGUCGACGCCGGACGAGGUUCUGGAAUUGGGCUCUGGCACCGGCCUUUUAGGGUUGGCCGCCGCCUGCGUCUGGAAAACGAGAGUUGUCCUCACGGAUCUGCCUACCAUCAUCCCCAAUCUGGCCCACAAUGCAUCCAUUAACCGGGAAGUCGUGGAAGCACAAGGCGGCAGGGCUGAGGUUGCCCGGUUGACUUGGGGCGGCGCCGAGGGGGACAUUGAUCCGAUGUUCAGGAUUCCAAACCGCUAUCAGCUCAUCAUUGUGGCCGAUCCCCUUUACGACGACGACCAUCCGGCGCUUCUAACCAGCGCUGUCGACGAGCAACUUGCUCUCAGUGCGGAUGCGCGCGUUCUUAUCAUGGUACCGCAAAGGGACGAGACCACGAAGGGUCUUCUCGGCGUCCUAAGAAAGGAGCUCUCCCGGCGUCCGAACCCACUCCUGUGUUUGGACGAAGACGUCGUGGAUGGGCAAGACGACUGGGGUGAGGAUAACGACGACGAGACCCGGCACGUAGGAUUUUGGUGGGGUAUAUUUGGGAGGGCAGAAUCGGAAAGAGGUUGAGUUUCGCAGCAGUGUUCGUACA